AUGCAUGUACACGAAUCUCACCGGGGAGUAGCAAAGCAAGCUCCCUACCAGUGCUCGCAGUGUCAACGACGCUAUCAUCGGACGGAGCACCUCGCACGGCAUGUGCGGUCCAUACAUACCAAGCAGCGGCCCUACCCUUGCAGGUUGUGCGGCAAGGCAUUUGGGAGGCUGGAUAUCCUCAGGAGACAUGAGGCGACCCAUGACGACGAGCCCGGAACGCGGGUGCUAGGUGCAGGCGUCAGAGUCGGCCAGGCUUGCAGAUUGUGCAAGGAGGCUAAGGUGAAGUGUUCCGAAAGGAAGCCCUGUUUGCGGUGUACGGGCAAGGGGGCGAGGUGUGAGUACGGGGAUGUCAGGGACUAUGGCGAGGCCGACGAGGGGCAACAGCAGCAGGAUCCCGCCUGGAUCGACGCCGGUUUUCCUAGCCAGAAUGAGAUACCUUCUGGAGCCGGCCGAGCACUCCCCAAUGCACCUUUGCCCGUCAUCGCCCCUAUACCCUAUCUCAUCAGCCCGCACGCUUCAGAGGGCACACCGACGCACGAGGAAGACGGCUGCAUGUUCGAGGACUUCUCUUUCGGGGUCGACUGGGACCUCGCGAUGGCGGACAUGGCGUACCUACAGAGCCAAUUCGAUAUGACCGCGGCAGACACCGCCGCCACCCCGGGUUUCGCCCCCAACGCUGUGCAGCAGCACGGCUUCUCGCCUGCGAGUACACAGACCUGCGAGACGUUGUCAACGGCAACGGGCCUCUGGGAGCCGCAAAGUAGCGAGAACAAGGAGAUGGAGAGGCUGCAUCUGGCCGCGGACGAGGCGAACCUUGGACCGCCCAGCCAUGGCCCAGGUCCCAGCGCCGGCUUGGCAGAGCCCCGUUUUUCGGCGACGGCGCGGAACUUGCUCGUGCGCAUGAUCCUCGACAACACGUCCCACGCGGCGGCGGCGCCGGUGCUCGCGGCGUUCCCGUCGACGGGGGCGCUCGGCGCGCUUGUGGACGUCUACGCGCAAGGAUGGGCGGAGGCGAGCCAGGCCGGCGGGAUCAACGGUGUCGUGCAUCUCCCGACGCUGGAGCUCGAUGGGCAGCGGCCGGAGCUGCUGGGCAUGGUGGUGGCGCUCGGGGCGCUCGGGACCGGGUCGGUGGUGGCGAGGAGGUUCGGAUUCGCGAUGCAAGAGGUUGUCUGGGUGUCGUCAUUCCGAAGCUGGGAAGGGAACAACGCCGCCCUGCGCGACGUUGGGCUCUCACAGGCCUUUUUCCUCCAGCAGCACACGGCCUUCUUCAGCGGCGUCCGACGCAAGGUGGCCUUCGCCAAGGCGUGCGCCAACAGCAUACAGGUCCUCAUUAAGAACGGCGGGCAUCUGCAAGGGGCUACUGGAUCCUGUGCCGACGACCCGGCGCUGGACGACCUGCUCGCUCUCGGGGACGACAGUAAGGAACUGGGGGACGCGUGGCGGCGUUGGGCGGCGCGCGAGGCGCGGCGCAGGCUGGUGUACGCUGCGUACAUUAUGGACGCGCACGUCUCGAUGGCGCACGAGACGCAGGUUCUGUCGUCGUACCUCGACAUGAGGGUCCCGUUCCCAACGCCGAGGGGGAUGUGGAAGGCCCAGACUGCGGUUCAGUGGAGGGAGGAGAUGGCAUUGUGGAUGCAGCAGCAGCAGCGGGACUUGGCGCCGUCGUCUCUUUGUCUAAGGGACGUUUUGAAUGAUCCGACACUGGUGGUCAAGUGCCGCGGCCUGGUCGACGAGGACUUUGCCGUGCUCGGCUUCCUCGCUGGGUUCUGGACGCUUGUCAGAGAGGUCCAGCAGCUCGCCGCCAUGGGCGGCGGUGGAGCGGGCGGAGCCGGAAGACACUGGAGCUCGAUGAUAUUGUCGGCGAGGCGCGUCGAGCUCGCCUCGGUGCUGAACCUCUUCACUUCCCAGGCGCGGACCGCCGGGGCUGAAGUCUCCCCGGAAGCGGAGCUGCUGAUCGAGGUCCUCCAUAUGCACAUUAUCGUGGCCUCGGACGGCUCUGGAUCGCAGUCAACUCCUGCGGCGCUGAUCCCCGAUUUGGAGACGGCAGAGCACCGCGGCGCGCUGUGGCGGGCGGGUAGGGCGGUGCGCGCGGCCGUUCAGUUCCCAGCCGGGACGCUGUGUGAUGUCUACGCCGUUGCGCUGUCGCAGGCGGCUACGGUUCUCUGGCGGCACGGAGUCGAUUCGUCGAGGGUGUUAGGGAAGAGUCUGGGUCCGGGUCAGGGGCUGGGUCUGGAUGGUGGUAUAGAGGUCUGCGUCUUGGAUGGGGACGGGGUGGAGGAGUGGCAUUUGGCGCGCGAAGGCGGCCAUCUCGCGUUGCGAGGGGCUGGGGGAGAGGAGACGGCCGUUGUGCUUGAGGAUGCGGCGGGCGUGGCGAGGCGUGUGAGGGGCGUGGUCGAGGGGAACUGGACUGGUGGACGGAUGCCGUCUGGUGUUGAGGAGGUUUGUCUUGCGCUGGGUGAUCUUGAGAGGACGGCGAGUAGGUAG